AUUUCAUCUGUCACAGUUUUCCAUUAUAUUUUGGUCUCUUGGAUCGGAUGGACGACUAUAUUUUCAUUAUAAAUUACAUUACAUUGAAGUCAGUGAAGAAAUCAUUUUUAGCGAACCAAAAUGGCCACACCACCAAUUCAAGAUCUUCCACCACCGGGUGGCUACAACCCAAUCAAUAUAAAGCGUGUUCAAUUGAAGCCAAUUCUUAGUGCAAAAAUGUGCUUUCUUGGGUUUAUUGGUCUAUCAGCUGGUGCAAUGUAUAUGUUCUAUUUAACCGAUCGCAAAAUGCAACGUGAAGAAAUCGAAAUGAGAUCAUGCCGAAAUGUUUUACUGCCAAUUGUAAUGGCCGAACGUGAUCGUGAAUAUUUGAAGCAAUUGCGUCGUAAUCGAGAUGAAGAGGCAAGACUCAUGGCAGAUGUGCCCGGCUGGAAAGUUGGAACUUGGUUCGGCGAGCCAAUUUAUAAAACAGUUAAAAGUGAUGCAUGGAUCGAUCCGAGCAUCAAUGAAUUCUAUUGUCACACAUCAUACGACAAAUUCUUGGAACGUGUAGAAUUUAGACAUCAAUUCUAAUUCAAUUGUUUCACAAGAAUUCUCCAUAGAGAAACAUAGUUACUAAAAAACAAAAUAAAUGCAUACCAAAUACAUUUAAA